ACGACUUCCGAUCCAGUCUGCGCUGCUGCGGCUCCCUUUUGGGAUUUGAUUUGCAGCAUCUUCGAGCCUGUGCAACAAAAAACCGCGAAGCACGCCCAGCCCUCCCCGGCACCCUUUUACGCACCCACUCCCUCCCGGGGACACAGCUGGGCGCGUCCACACCCCCGCACCCCCCACACCAUGUUGUGCGGAAGGACUUCCACUCCCUGCCUCUGUCGUUGAUGUCAGACCCCAGGCCAGCCUCCGGGCGCUGCAGUUCUCCCGGCUAAUGCUGAGGCUGCGGCUCCGGCUCUAGCACAGGAACCAGCCGCCGCCGCGCCCGGCCCCAGCGCCCACCGUCUGCAUGUGCCCGCCGUAGCCUUCUGCCCAGCCCGCAGCCCGCGCUCCCCGGAGCGCUGGAGACCACCGCGGGGGGCCCCUUCUGCUCUUGGGAGAAGCAGUCUUGGAGGUAUUGAUUUCGGUGGUUGAAUUUUUCCCGUGGAUCUAUCAAUUCACAAUUUGAAUUUGGAAGAAAGAAGGAAAACAUGACGUCUCCGGCCAAAUUCAAAAAGGAUAAGGAGAUCAUAGCAGAGUACGAUACUCAGGUCAAAGAAAUCCGUGCCCAGCUCACAGAGCAGAUGAAAUGCCUGGACCAGCAGUGUGAGCUCCGGGUGCAGCUGCUGCAGGACCUGCAGGACUUCUUCCGGAAGAAGGCAGAGAUCGAGAUGGACUACUCCCGCAACCUGGAGAAGCUGGCCGAGCGCUUCCUGGCCAAGACGCGCAGCACCAAGGACCAGCAGUUCAAGAAGGAUCAGAAUGUUCUCUCUCCAGUCAACUGCUGGAAUCUCCUCUUAAACCAGGUGAAGCGGGAGAGCAGGGACCACACCACCCUGAGUGACAUCUACCUGAAUAAUAUCAUUCCUCGAUUUGUUCAAGUCAGUGAGGACUCAGGAAGACUCUUUAAAAAGAGUAAAGAAGUCGGCCAGCAGCUCCAAGAUGAUUUGAUGAAGGUCCUGAAUGAGCUCUACUCGGUCAUGAAGACCUAUCACAUGUACAAUGCCGACAGCAUCAGUGCUCAGAGCAAGCUAAAGGAGGCAGAGAAGCAGGAGGAGAAGCAAUUUGGAAAAUCGGUAAAGCAGGAAGACCGGCAGACCCCACGCUCCCCUGACUCCUCAUCCAAUGUCCGCAUUGAAGAGAAGCAUGUCCGGAGGAGCUCAGUGAAGAAGAUUGAGAAGAUGAAGGAGAAGCGCCAAGCCAAGUACACAGAGAAUAAGUUGAAGGCCAUUAAAGCCCGGAAUGAGUACUUACUGGCUCUGGAGGCAACCAAUGCAUCUGUCUUCAAGUACUACAUCCACGACCUGUCCGACCUUAUUGAUCAGUGUUGUGACUUAGGCUACCACGCUAGCCUGAACCGGGCGCUACGCACCUUCCUCUCCGCUGAGUUGAAUCUGGAGCAGUCAAAGCACGAGGGUCUGGAUGCCAUCGAGAAUGCUGUGGAGAACCUGGAUGCCACCAGUGACAAGCAGCGCCUCAUGGAGAUGUACAACAAUGUCUUCUGCCCACCCAUGAAGUUUGAGUUCCAGCCCCACAUGGGGGACAUGGCUUCCCAGCUCUGUGCCCAGCAGCCUGUGCAGAGCGAGCUGGUGCAGAGAUGCCAGCAACUGCAGUCUCGCCUCUCCACUCUGAAGAUCGAGAACGAGGAGGUAAAGAAGACGAUGGAAGCCACUCUGCAGACCAUCCAGGACAUUGUGACUGUUGAGGAUUUUGAUGUGUCCGACUGCUUCCAGUACAGCAACUCUAUGGAAUCCGUCAAGUCCACGGUCUCAGAAACCUUCAUGAGCAAGCCCAGCAUCGCUAAGAGGAGAGCCAACCAGCAAGAGACGGAGCAGUUCUAUUUCACGAAAAUGAAGGAGUACCUGGAAGGCAGGAACCUCAUCACCAAGCUACAAGCCAAGCAUGACCUUCUCCAGAAAACCCUGGGAGAAAGUCAGCGGACAGAUUGCAGUCUGGCCAGGCGUAGCUCAACCGUGAGGAAGCAGGAUUCCAGCCAGGCAAUUCCUCUGGUGGUAGAAAGCUGUAUCCGGUUUAUCAGCAGACACGGACUACAGCAUGAAGGAAUUUUCCGGGUGUCGGGAUCCCAGGUGGAAGUGAAUGACAUCAAAAACGCCUUUGAGAGAGGAGAGGACCCCCUGGCUGGGGACCAGAAUGACCAUGACAUGGACUCCAUUGCUGGCGUCCUGAAGCUUUACUUCCGGGGGCUGGAACAUCCUCUCUUCCCCAAGGACAUCUUCCAUGACCUGAUGGCCUGUGUCACAAUGGACAACCUGCAGGAGAGAGCUCUGCACAUCCGGAAAGUUCUCCUGGUCCUGCCCAAAACCACUCUGAUUAUCAUGAGAUACCUCUUUGCCUUCCUCAAUCAUUUAUCACAGUUCAGUGAAGAGAACAUGAUGGACCCCUACAACCUCGCCAUCUGCUUCGGGCCCUCAUUGAUGUCAGUGCCUGAGGGCCACGACCAGGUGUCCUGCCAAGCCCACGUGAACGAGCUGAUCAAAACCACCAUCAUCCAGCAUGAGAACAUCUUCCCAACCCCCAGGGAGCUGGAGGGCCCCGUCUACAGCAGAGGAGGAAGCACAGAGGACUACUGUGACAGCCCUCAUGGAGAGACUACCUCGGCUGAGGACUCAACCCAGGACGUGACCACAGAGCACCACACGAGCGAUGAUGAGUGUGAGCCCAUCGAGGCCAUUGCCAAGUUUGACUACGUGGGCCGGACAGCCCGAGAGCUGUCCUUCAAGAAGGGGGCAUCCCUGCUGCUUUACCAGCGGGCUUCCGAUGACUGGUGGGAAGGCCGGCACAAUGGCAUCGACGGACUCAUCCCCCAUCAGUACAUCGUGGUCCAAGACACCGAGGACGGUGUCGUGGAGAGGUCCAGCCCCAAGUCUGAGAUUGAGGUCAUUUCUGAGCCACCUGAAGAAAAGGUGACAGCCAGAGCGGGGGCCAGCUGUCCCAGUGGGGGUCAUGUAGCCGAUAUUUAUCUUGCAAACAUCAACAAGCAAAGGAAGCGGCCAGAAUCUGGGAGCAUCCGGAAGACAUUUCGGAGUGACAACCAUGGGCUGAGCAGUUCCCUGACUGACUCGGCCUCCCCGGGGGUGGGGGCUAGCUGCCGCCCAUCUUCCCAGCCCAUCAUGAGCCAGAGUCUCCCCAAGGAAGGGCCAGAUAAGUGUUCCAUCAGUGGGCAUGGGAGCCUCAACUCCAUCAGCCGCCACUCAUCCCUGAAGAAUCGGCUGGACAGCCCACAGAUCCGGAAGACGGUGACAGCAGGAAGGUCAAAGAGCUUCAAUAACCAUCGGCCCGUGGACCCUGAGGUCAUUGCACAGGAUAUUGAGGCAACUAUGAACUCUGCCCUGAACGAGCUGCGCGAGCUAGAGCGGCAGAGCAGCGUCAAGCACACCCCUGAUGUGGUUCUGGACACCUUGGAGCCCCUCAAAACCUCCCCAGUGGUGGCCCCCACAUCGGAGCCCUCCAGCCCCCUGCACACCCAGCUCCUCAAGGACCCCGAGCCUGCCUUCCAACGCAGUGCCAGCACUGCUGGGGACAUCGCCUGCGCCUUCCGGCCCGUCAAGUCCGUCAAGAUGGCUGCCCCCGUCAAGCCGCCGGCCACACGACCCAAGCCCACUGUCUUCCCCAAAACAAAUGCCACUAGCCCUGGUGUCAACUCAUCAACUUCCCCACAGUCCACUGACAAGUCUUGUACUGUCUGAGGGAUAUAAUUUAAUUGUUCUAGACAAGGGGACUGGAGGGACUGACUGUUAUUAAAAAUCUUCCUAUUUAACUAGCUUGGGGACUUCAGUUGAAAAUUAGAUUCUAAGUUGUUCUUGCCGGAAUUAGCCUUCCCAUCACCCAAAACCUUGAGAAUGAAGCCCUCGUUAUCACCCUGCUCUGCCCUUCCCGCUGCCCUCCACUUUUCCCCGUCGUCGUAAUCCAGCCCGCUGCAGUACAUACUGUUCUUAGGUUAGCCAGAGAUAGAUUUUUCCAUUAUCAGGUCACUGUGAAAUCUGGCACGGCGAGUCAUGAGGACACGGGUUCACGUCUCCGUCCCCUCAGACACAGGGGAUGCCUGACCAGAUGGUUGGCUACUGACAGCCAGCUCUCAGUGGCAUCUUGUUUUGGGUACUGACUAUAGAGAACCAUAUAUAGUCCAUUCUUCGUUUCACACACACACACACACACACACACACGCACGCACGCACACAGGUUUUUUCUAGUCUCUGGCAUGUGUAGCCUCUCCUGGUCCCAGACCAGUCUCUUUGUAAGUCAAUGUGGCAGUUCACGCAAGAGCCACCAGGGGCCUCUGUUUCCAUUACAAAUCUUGUUCUGUCUGGGCCAGAGAACCUAGCCUUUGAAAUCUCUCCAUCAUAAAAAAUUGAGCAGGAUGGAACUCAAUCCUGUAAUCUGUUUGGGGUUGGGGGCUUUCUCUCUGUCUUCUCUCUAUUGGUGUGAAUUGGUCAUUGGUGUUUGCUUUUGCUCUCCUCCAUCCUCUAGGAAUACAACCCAGUCUUUUUAUAAAACUUCUAAAGUUUUUCUGAAUGUAUAGACAUUUCUCGGGUUCCUGUCUUUGUCUCUCAUGGACCAUUUUCCAUUUAAGACAUUUUCCUAUAUAAGACAGUUUUAUUGCUGGUUCCUUUUAGGAUAAAGAGUCUUAAGAGAGUUUUAUUGUGUUUAUGGCAGGUUUGGAAAAGGUGAGAAAUGGGUCCUUCUUCCUCCCACUUUUUUGGGGCACUUAAGACAAUAUUCAUUAUCCUGUUCAAAAAUUAAAUUCAGCUUUGCUAACCCCCAAAGUGUUCCCGAAUGCAAAUGUAACCUAAGUUCACCUCUCUAGUUUGGCUUAUUCUCUAUAAGAUCUCUCUUCAGGGACCAACAGGGGCUUGGAGAGCCCCAGUUAGAUUAAAGAGAGAUAUUACUCCUUAAAACCUGUUUUCUUUUAUCCAAAUAAGGACAACUAAGAGAGCUUCGGCCCUACGGGCUCUAAAGUCUUCCCGAGGCCGGAAUCUAACAAAAAAUUGGAUGCUGAAUAUUUAGGCCUUCUGUUGGCCUUUUUUUCUGGUUCUCCUCCCCAAAAAGCAGAAAUGAUGCCCUUGCCUACUUUAAUCCGGUCUCUAAACCUGGUGCCCCUGGUCCCGGCUUCCCUGGCUUCAUGCUGUCGUGGCAGUACCAGGGCUGGGGACAGUCGCACUCCCGUUUCAUGAGUCUCCGACAGCUACAUGAGUUAAAGCUGAAGCUCAUUCCUCUUCUCUGUUUCCUGGUUUUAAAGCUAUGCUUUUAGCCUUAUUUUCUAUAGGUCAAGAGAGGUGGUGGGUUGCCAUUCAGAUAGGAAAAUCUGAGUUUCCUUAUGUUUAGCCUAGAAGAUUCCUUUUGGACCAACAUUCUGAAGUUGGCAGUUGGUGCUAUGGAAAGUGGUAGGAUUUUCCUCAUUCUGGGUGAAGGGAGGAGGAGCUUUGUGGGAAAUCGCUAAUUUUUAGAAGGCUAGCCUGCAACACCAGGAAAACUAUCCCAAGAGCUAGAAAGGAGAAAGUGAGUCAGCCUGUGAGAAGCGACCCACAGGCCU